GAGCUCUUUCCAACUCACUUUUUCACAAAAAAAGCUUGGAGGUAAAAGCGCAGGAAUGCCGGAUGGCACAGAUCUGCAGACCACUAUAACGCAGGAAUCAACCCAUGACGAGCCAAAAUGUAAUCCUUUUGGAACUAGGUAUCUCACAGACGAAACUCGUGUCUGGGAGCAUAACGCUUGGGACAAUGUUGAUUGGAGUGAAGAAAUGCAAGAACAUGCUCGCCAGGUUGUAGAAACUCAAAAAACACAAGCUGUAGAAGAAUCGAAGGCUAAGCGGUUACUCGAAGAACCCGCGAAGCAAUGGGAUGCUUUCUAUUCUCAACAUAACACGAACUUCUUCAAGGAUCGAAACUGGUUAUUGAAGGAGUUCCCGGAGUUGGAUAUGAGCCACUAUCCGGAGGGCUCCAGAAUCCAAGUUCUUGAAGUUGGAUGUGGUGUAGGUAACACCUCUCUUCCUCUAAUCCAGUGGGACACACAUCGACGGAUGUUUCUCUACAGCUGUGAUUAUUCCGAUGUAGCAGUCGAAACGCUCAGACGGGAUGAAAAAUAUGACAGCUCUCGAAUGUGUGCUUUCGUUUGGGAUAUCACCGAAGUUCCUCCAGCCGAAGCCCCAGCCAAAGAAUCAUUGGACUACGUAGUUUGCAUCUAUGUGCUCUCAGCUAUUCACCCAUCGAAAAUACCUCAAGCAGUCAGUCAUCUCGUGAGCCUGCUCAAACCAGGAGGGAUGCUUCUUCUCAAGGAUUAUGGACGAUUUGAUCUCACACAGCUGCGAUUCAAAAAGGAUCGAUACAUAGAAGAUAAUUUAUAUUGUCGCGGAGAUGGCACUCUAGUGUACUUCUUCACUCAGGACGAGUUGGAUGAGCUGCUUCGUGCUGCUGGACUGGUCCAGAAAGCAAAUUUUGUGGACAAGAGGCUCAUAGUGAAUCGAGCUAAACACAACAAAAAGUCGCUUUUGCGGCUCUGCUGUGAAACCUUGCGAUUUCGCCCAUUGUUCGAUGAAAUUCUCAAGGAUCCAGACCUUGCUCAAAUUGGCGACGAUCCCGAGAUAAAUGGUGACAUCAAUCUCGCAUACGUCUUAUUGUACGAGUUUCUCGCAGGAGCUGGUUUGGGCAGAACCUCCCCUCGUCUUCGUGGUGUCAUCUACAGGCACACAAAAGCAAUUCAUGAUAGGGAAAAAGCUCUAGCGGAGGAGGGCCGAGGCAUUGCCGCAAUCAGAGAAGCUGGUGAUCACAUGGAUACUAUAUCAGCGAUUCCUCGAUAUGCGCGAAUUAAUACGCUGAAAUGGAAGGCAGAAGAGGCCCUCGAAACACUUACUUCUGAAGACUGGAAGGUUGUGCAUCUCAAGCCUGAAGACGAUUUUGUCAAGCGAGUUGGAAACAUAGCCGAGGACGAGGUUCUCAUAGACCCAGAUGUUGAAAAUUUGCUGAUCUUUCCCCAUUCUAAUGAAUUCCAUCGCUACUGGAUGGUAGAACAACGUUAUAUCAUAUUACAGGAUAAGGCAUCUUGUUUGCCUGCGUUCUUGUUAUCUCCAUCACCCAAUUCACAUGUAUUUGACACAUGUGCAGCACCAGGGAUGAAGACAUCGCAUGUGGCUGCCAUUUUGCAAGGAACAGGGAAAGUGUGGGCAAUGGACCGUUCAGAAGAGCGAGUAGAGAUCAUGAAUCAGAUUCUGGGAGAAUGCGGUGUCGAGAAUGCUUCAGUAUUUCAUGGCGACUUCUUGAAAACCGACGUCAAUGAUAAGAAGUUUUCGAAGGUGAAAUACGCUAUCGUGGAUCCCCCUUGCUCUGGAUCAGGUAUGGUGAAGCGUUUGGAUGAGCUGACGGGUGGUAAUGCUGAAAAGGGACGUUUGGAAAAGCUAAGAAAUUUGCAGGCUAUGUUGCUAAAACAUGCGUUAAAAUUUCCAAAUCUGCAACGCGCCGUGUAUUCCACCUGUUCAGUCCAUGAAGAGGAAAACGAGCAGGUUGUGGAUGAGGUUUUGCUUGACACCUAUGUUCGUCAGCAUUUCCGUCUUGCAUCUUCGGUUUUACCAAGUUGGACGUAUCGAGGAUUGGAUACAUAUGAAUUUGGAAAGGAUUGUUUGAGAGCCGAGCCGUCCAAAACACUGACUAAUGGUUUCUUUGUGGCAGUCUUCGAGAGGAUCACAGAUGACUUGAAAAACGAAGAUUCCGAAAACAAAAAGAAGGACAAAGUAUCUAAUCAGGAAGCUCCAAAGAGAAGCACCGCAGAUUAUGGGAUUGGGAAGCGGAAAGUCUUCCCUGAUGACGAUGAUGAAGAUAUUAGUGAUGUCAAAGCAGCAAAAAAGAAAAAGAGGAAAGCAAAGCUGUCAUGACAGUGAUCUCGUCUUCUUGUAUCAUGGUAAACAUUAUCCAUUGUUGCUGUUACUAUUGUUGAGAUUUCGUUGUUAUAUUCAUAUGUUAGAAGAAAAGCUGUUGUAUUAUAAUCGUUUGAAAGUAAAUUUUAUAACUUUAUCCAGCUGUCUAGCACGC